AAAGCGCGUCUUUCAAAAUGAUUACAAAGCUAGACAGUGUGCUUCUGCCCCGAAAAAAGUUCAUCUUCCAUUACAAGAAUGUGCGCUGGGCCAGGGGCCGGAACGAGACAUACCUCUGCUUUGUAGUAAAGAGGCGAGUGGGCCCAGACUCCUUGACCUUUGACUUUGGACAUCUCCGCAAUCGCAAUGGCUGCCAUGUAGAGAUGUUGUUUCUGCGCUACCUGGGAGCCUUGUGCCCUGGUCUGUGGGGGUAUGGAGUUGCUGGAGAGGGGAAGCUCAGUUACUCAAUCACCUGGUUCUGCUCCUGGUCUCCCUGUGCCAACUGCUCCAUCAGACUGGCACAUUUCCUCCGCCAGACACCCAACCUUCGCCUCAGGAUCUUCGUCUCUCGCCUUUAUUUCUGUGACAUGGAAGACAGCCAAGAGAGAGAGGGCCUAAGGAUGCUGAAAAAAGCUGGAGUGCAGAUCACAGUCAUGAGUUACAAAGACUUCUUCUAUUGCUGGCAGACCUUUGUUGCUCGUAAAGAGAGCCGCUUCAAGGCCUGGGAUGACAUGCACCAAAACUCUGUUCGCCUUGCCAGAAAACUUCAACGCAUUCUCCAGCCAUGUGAAACAGAAGAUUUGAGAGAUGCCUUCAAACUUCUUGGACUGUGAAACAUACCUGUGACUUCCUGUUAUCAUAACUCUAUUAUUUUCUAUAGAGAAAAAACAUGUUGAUCUAUCACUACAAUUGCUAAACUGAGAAUUAAAAACAAAACAAAAAA